AUGGGGGCAGAGAACUUCACGUGGGUGUCUGAGUUUGUCUUGCGGGGACUGUCCCAGACCUGGGAGCUCCAGAUCGUCCUGUUUCUGGUCUUCCUGUGUGUCUACACCACCACUGUGGUGGGAAACCUUCUCAUCAUCGUCACUGCCACUGCAGACACUCGGCUCCACACCCCCAUGUACUUUCUGCUUCGCAAUCUGGCUGUCUUAGACCUCUGCUUCUCCUCAGUCACCGCCCCCAAGAUGCUGGUGGACUUCCUGUCAGAGAAGAAGACCAUCUCCUACCGGGGCUGCAUGGCCCAGCUCUUCUUCUUCCACUUCCUGGGGGGUGCCAUGGUCUUCUUCCUCUCAGUGAUGGCCUAUGAUCGCCUCGUUGCCAUCUCCCGGCCUCUCCACUAUGUCACCAUCAUGAAUGCUCAGCUCUGUGUGGGACUGGUGGUGAUGGCUUGGGUAGGAGGCUUUGUCCACUCCAUUGUGCAAUUGUCUCUGAUGCUCCCGCUGCCAUUCUGUGGCCCCAACGUCCUAGAUAACUUCUACUGUGAUGUCCCCCAAGUGCUGAGGCUGGCCUGCACAGACACCUCCCUCUUAGAGUUGCUCAUGAUCUCCAACAGUGGGAUGCUGGAUGUCAUCUGGUUCUUCCUCCUCCUCAUCUCCUACUUGAUCAUCCUGGUGAUGCUCAGGUCCCACCCAGGGGAGGCAAGGAGGAAGGCAGCUUCCACCUGCAUCACGCACAUCAUCGUGGUGUCCAUGAUCUUCAUUCCAAGCAUUUACCUCUAUGCCCGUCCGUUCACUGCCUUCCCCAUGGACAAGGCCGUGUCCAUCAGCCACACAGUCAUGACCCCCAUGCUCAACCCCAUGAUCUACACCCUGCGGAACCAGGAGAUGAAGGCAGCCAUGAAUCGAUUAGCCCAGAGCCUAUUGAAUUGGAACAAGUAA